UCAGUGCCUUUGUCUUGUCUCAAGAUGCACACCAGUAAUGCUUUUUUCUAAGCAUGUUCUCUUAAUUGAACUACCAAUAGCUGCUCGCAUAUAAUUCAAGGCAUUGAUGUUUGCCCACGAAACCAGCGCUGGCUCUGCACCCCUUUACCUCAAUUCAGUACCUCAGACUUACGUGCCUCUAGAAACUCAAUCCCAGCAGCUGAGUCCUUAACCAUCUUCAAGAAUCGGCUAAAAACACAUCUCUUCCCUCUUUAUUUGACCCUCUAACUCCAGCACUCUCUAUUUCUAUUCUUUAAUUCUAUUAUAUAAAAAUCCCCCUUUUAGACUUGCACUUAUUCAUUUACUAACUGCUUGUUUUCUUUAAAAAAAAAUUAUAUUCUAUCUGUUUUCUUUUUAUUUAUUAUACAAUUAACAAAAAAUGCCUCUAACACUAGCUUGCUCUAUUCUUUUUUUAUUCUGUUUUCUUUUUAUUUAUUAUAUAAUUAAAAAAAAAAACCUUGCUAGUGUACUGCAUUAAGCUAACUGAGACUUGUUGCAGCACUUGCACAUCAUUGCUCUUUUGUUGAUUUUGAUUGCUUCCAUUGUCCUCGUUUGUAAGGAUAAAAGCGUCUGCUGAAUGAAUAGAUGUAAAUGUGCAUGAGUUGAAUGCAUAUCGGACGCGUUUAAGGAUCUGUUCCCUUCUCGCUGUCGCUGUAUGGAAAAGAGCUGCUUGGAAAUCCUGCGAAAUGUCUCCUUUUGCAGAAGCGGUCGUGUCCGUUUCGUUCGGCCUGAUGCUGAUCCUGAUGUGAUGUGAAGUGAGAGGUGAGGAGGAGGCAGAGGAAUGCUGGGAAUGAUCCUGUGAUUGGAGCAGCGGCGCUGGGCGUGGAGCAGCAUUCAGAAGCGCUUUCCAGACGGAGAGGGUUCCAGGGAUGCCGAGGUGAAUGAGCUUCCAGGCGGUACUCCGGCGAAUGCGCAGCGCGUGACCUGUCGUGAUUUACCGGUGGUCAGCGCGUCAUCUCUGCGUUAAACACCGCCGCUGCUUUAAAGAUCUGCCACCGUCCAAGCGACUGCGACGCUUCAGCUUUCUCAUAUGGAUGUGUUAUCGCUGAUGUUUGGGAAAAUGCGUCAGUGCUGCCGCUCCACAGCGGUUCGAUCCUGAACGGCGCGAACGUGUGACUGAUUCAAACCAUGGAGCCCAAACCUGACUGCUGCGCCUCAUCCGUGCCCAACUCUCAGUGCGAGCUGCAGCUCAACAUCUACGAGACGAUCAGCGAGGGGAACGUGAAUAAGCUGGAGAGCUCAGCGCUGGUGCGCGCCGGCAGCGACCCCAGCUCCUAUCCCUGCUCCAAACGCCAGAGGUUCAUCCGCAGGAGCCUGUGGUUCACCGAUAAUGACGAGCCCCAGGCCGACGACUGCAACCCGGAGUGUGAGGAGCAGAGGAAGAUGCUCAGCAUCAACCUGAGGACCAUUGUGGACCGAACUCUGGCCGUCCGAUCCGGUUUACAGGAGGGAUCGAGCACGGAGAGCCAGAAGGCUCAGAAAGAGCUGGAGAGCGGCAGCGCAGACGAGGAGCGAGCGGAGCUCAGAGCGGACGGAGGGAAGACUCACAUGAAAGCGGCCAGCGAGGAGAACGAGGAGGAGGCCGAGAUGAAGGCUGUGGCCACCUCUCCCGGCGGACGCUUUCUCAAGUUUGACAUCGAGAUCGGCCGUGGCUCCUUCAAGACGGUCUACAAGGGCCUGGACACGGACACCUGGGUGGAGGUGGCCUGGUGUGAACUUCAGGACCGCAAGCUGACGAAGGUGGAGAGGCAGCGCUUUAAAGAGGAGGCUGAGAUGUUGAAGGGUCUCCAGCAUCCAAACAUCGUGCGCUUCUAUGAUUUCUGGGAGUCUCCGCUGAAGGGGAAGAAGUGCAUCGUGCUGGUCACAGAGCUCAUGACGUCAGGCACGCUCAAAACGUAUCUGAAGCGCUUCAAGGUGAUGAAACCCAAAGUGUUGCGCAGCUGGUGUCGUCAGAUCCUCAAAGGCCUGCACUUCCUUCACACACGCACUCCUCCCAUCAUCCACCGGGACCUGAAGUGUGACAACAUCUUCAUCACGGGGCCCACGGGCAGCGUGAAGAUCGGAGACCUGGGUCUGGCCACGCUCAAGAGAGCCUCCUUCGCCAAGAGUGUGAUCGGGACGCCGGAGUUCAUGGCCCCAGAGAUGUACGAGGAGCACUACGAUGAGUCCGUGGACGUCUACGCGUUCGGCAUGUGCAUGCUGGAGAUGGCCACGUCUGAAUACCCAUAUUCAGAGUGCCAGAACGCCGCUCAGAUCUAUCGCAAAGUCACCAGCGGGGUGAAGCCUGCCAGUUAUAAUAAAGUGAUGGAUCCUGAGGUCAAAGAGAUCAUCGGCGAGUGUAUUUGUCAGAAUAAGGAGGAGCGUUACUCCAUCAAGGACCUGCUCAAUCACGCGUUCUUCGCGGAGGACACCGGCGUGAGGGUGGAGCUGGCGGAGGAGGACGACGGCCUGAAGACGUCCAUCGCGCUGAAGCUGUGGGUGGAGGAUCCUCGCCGGCUGAAGGGCAAGUACAGGGACGGAGGAGCCAUCGAGUUCAGCUUCGACCUGGAGAAGGAGAUCCCUGAAGCCGUGGCGCAGGAGAUGGUUGAGUCUGGUUUCUUCCAUGAGAGCGACGCAAAGAUAGUGGGCAAGUCUCUCCGUGACCGAGUGGCUCUGAUAAAGUGGCGCAGGGAGAGGACGGCGCCGAGGGCCUCGCAGGGCGGCGCUGCUCCGGGCGAGACGGUGCCGGUCAUCUGUGAACCGCCCGGUCUGCUGGAGCCUGAAGAGCCGGAGGUGGAUCAGCAUGUCCACGUGUGUCCGCUCAGUGCCAGGACCACAUCCACCACAUCUGACAGUGGCAUCGGUUCGACUGUGUAUUCGGACUCCCACAGCAGUGGUCUGCACAGUGUCAUAUACCAGUCCUUACAGGAAUCUGUCUCCCCGGCAAACCAGGAGUCUUCUGUUCUGAGAGUCCAAAGCAAGGCUGCACCCGCCGCUGCUCAACACGUGCAGACGUUCCCUCCUGUCUCCUCAGAGACCCCCGCACAGGCUGCCGGACAGAAUCUGUCCGCUCCCGUGCCGCUGGCGCUUCUGCAGGGCGUCUCAACCGCACCACAAACCGUGAAUCCACAGGUGCUCGCUCCUACAGGUCAGACUGCAGAGCUGAAUGCACGGGCCCACGUGCUCCAAACUGCAGCGUCUCAUCAGCCAGUCUCUGUGCCCCAGAGUGCUGUGGGUCCGAGUUACCAUCCUCCCGGGGCAGAGCUAGCAAAUGCACAGACAUUUUCACCCAUACAGCUCACUGCAGUUGCAGCUGCACACAAUCUCCCAUCUAAAACAGAAGCAGUGCUGCCUGCAGAUCAAAAUUUUCAGAGCGGAGCCUCCAGCGUGCUGCAUAUCCCGCCAGCAUCUGCACAGGCUCGACAAACACCUGUGUUACAACAUUUGCAGCAACUCACUGCGAAUGCCACAACAGAUGGUCAACUCCGCGACUUCUCAAACAUGCAGCAAACUGCUCCUGCGCAGCUGAGCCAGACAGGCCCUGCAGCACCUGUCCCACAGCUCUCCAUUCAGACACAGCUGAUGGACAGCUGGCAGCAAGGAGGACAGUCCACCUCCAGUCUGCUGACACAAUCUGUUCCUCCUCCUCCAGCUUACCUCACACAGUUUCCUUCCAUUAACUCAGCUCAGUCAGUCGGAACCCCUCUUCCUGGAUGUGGCCCGCACCCCGCCUGCUUUCCCUCUGUGCAGUCGUCCCUCAAUCUGCCCGCCCCCACACACCCUGACAUCUCGCCAGUGUCAUGUUCACAGAUGGAGAUCUCUGCACUAACCCAGUACCCCCACCUGUCCUCCACCUCUCCUAUACCCACACAAUGUCCUGCUCCACCCUUUGCUGCUCCAGUGUUCGUGCCUCCAGUUCCCACAGUUCACCAGUACCAGCAGGCCUAUUCUGUUGCUCAGCAGCCUGCCAUAAACUCCAUGGCCACUCUCUCCCAACAUUCCCACAGUCAGGCCACACCCACAGCGCACCAAAGUCUCCACCCCUCUCCAAACACUGCCUCUAUGUGUGUCGGAGUCCCUCCCACUAAACAUGCUCUGCCCACCCAGGGAGUCUUGACCAGCCAUUCCCAAACUGUUCACGUGGACCAGAACUUGUCCAGUAGCUCCGAUCACGUCCGUGUCUCUCAGAUGAUGACACACCUGACUCCAACUCCUGCCCCGAGCGUCCCGUCCCACAGCAUCCAUAAUGCGCCUCAGCCUCCCGCAGUACCACAGCUCUCGUCCUUCAGACCCGUCCUUGACACAUUCGGCUCUGCUGUGCCCGUGGACCCAAACCAGGCUCCUCAGCACUUCAGCCCAGCGUCUUUACCCACCGUCCCGCAUUCAGGAGCCGGUGCCAGCCUGAGUCAGCAGAACAGCAGUGUUACUCCAGCUCUGCAGCACAGCACCGGAGCUCCCACUGAAAUAUGCACUGAGGAGCAUGUUCCUGAUAAACAGGCAGCACCAGCUGGGUCCACGUAUGACAGUAUAAACUCAGAUGCCACAUCCGCUAAAGAGAUGAGCGAUGGGAACGAGGGCUCCGGCAGAGCUCGUAGUGAAUCAAGAGUGCGAAAACCCAAUCGCAAAACGUCCCGCACGCGCUUCCGCCAAGACAAGAUCAACAGACCCAAACUCACCAUGAUCAAAGUGUGUGACACAGGAGACAAGAUGGUGGAGUGUCAGCUGGAGACUCAUAACCAUAAGAUGGUGACGUUUAAAUUUGACCUUGAUGGAGAUGCUCCAGAGGAGAUUGCCACAUAUAUGGUUGAGAAUGAGUUUAUUUUGUUGCUGGAGAGGGAGAUGUUCAUUGAGCAGCUGAAGGAAAUCAUGGAUAAAGCUGAGGACAUUCUGAAUGAGGACGCUGAUGGUGAGAAGGCCUCAGUCCAGACCUCACCGCUCCAUCAGAUGCCCGUCACAGCAGACUCCGGCCCACAGGGGUCAAAACAUGAGCGCACGCAGUCUGACCAGCUCGUCUAUAAACAGAACGUGCUUCACACCGGAAAGCGCUGGUUCAUCAUCUGUCCUGUGGUGGAGACGGCCGCGCAUGAUGGAGAAGAGGCUGCCACAAACCCAGAGAGCUCCUCUACAUCUCAAACGCAGGAUGUAAACACAGCCAGAACCAAACCUCUGCAGAAACAGCCAUCGGUGCCACAGGUGUCCCUCUCUGAGAUUGCUCCGUCGGUCGAGGGCCCUCAGGCUGCCUGCGCGGCUGUGGUUCCUGACAUCCCAUGCUGCCCCAUUGUGCCUCCUGUUUCGCUGGACGUCUCUGCUCAGAAAACGGCAGAGGUCCCUCAGGAGCCAGUCACUCACAGCAGCAGCCCCAGCGUGGAGCCGCCCGUCAGCCAGAUCCAGACUCCGCCCGUGGUGCUGCUUCAGCCCUUUGCCACGCCCACUCCACAGGCUUCGGUCAGCAGCGGCCAAUCACAGCCUCAGAGCCCCACCCAUCAGCCCCAAAGCCCCACCCAUCAGCCCCAGAGCCCCGUCCAUCAGCCUCAGAAUGCCCCGCCCCUGCAGCUGGGCGAAUCGGACGGGGAAGGGCCACCUAGGCUGGAGUUUGCAGACAGAACGAUAAAGACUCUGGAUGAGAAACUGAGAAAUCUUUUGUACCAAGAGUACCACCCCUCGCAAACCACGAGCUCCGCCUCCGAGCCGCCCGGAUCACCACCCCUGUCUGACAGCCAGGGCAGUGACGGUGCCAUGAGGAAAGCAGAAAAACUGCCACAGAUUCCUGAGAGGUCCGACAGUCUCGGGACUUUGAGUGAUUCUGCUGUCGCCCCCUUCAAAAGACUUCUGACCAGAAAAGACUCUGAGAGCCACUUCCAGAUUGUGCCGACAGAUUCAGAUGCGUCUUCUCACGAUGGUGGAGAUCAUGUGAUUGAUCUUGAAUCUGCAGCUGUUCCUGCAAUCGAGAACGGACACAGAUCCACAUCAAAGUCACAAAGCAACCGUUACUCAGCACCUCCUGACUUAUAUCAGGACACAACUACUUCCUUUCCAGAGGCCAGACCUGCAAUGCCUUGCGCUCAGAGCUCGCUGUCAGCGGACGGGACGGCGCAGUGCUUGUCCUCGGACACCGGAGAGGAGGAUCAGAGCGUUAAGCCCUCAUCUCUGGCUCCUGACCCAUCAGAGUCAGGCGGCGGGGACUUCAUGAAGCGGGCGGUGGCAUUCCUCCGGCGCUCGGGCCACAGCAGCAGCGUCCAAAGCUCUGACUCGCCCCCUUGUCCUCUGGUGAAUGGACACACCCCCUCGGUUAGCGGCCACGCCCACUCCGCUUACGUCAGCAGUGAUAACGACUCUGAGUUUGAGGACGCUGAUAUGAAACGAGAACUGCAGAUGCUGAGAGAGAAGCACAUGAAGGAGAUCUCCGAGCUCCAGGCUCAUCAGAGAGGAGAGAUCGAGCAGUUGUAUUCUCGGAUAGGUCGACCGGUUCCUCCCAGCGUGGGCUUCUUGCAUGCAGUGCCGCCUACAGGCCGCCGCCGCAGAGCCUCCAAACACAAGCUGAAGGGAAGCCGACUGCUCAAUCCCAUGGUGCAACAUCUUAGGAACAACCGAAGCAACAGCUCUACUGAGACGUGCUCCAGUGUGUCGGGCUCGCCGGUCAAGAGCUCGGUUCUGGGUAACAGCUCUGUGGGAUCCAGCACAGCCACGCUGAGCCCCGUGUCAGAACCACUGGAGCCGGUCCAGACUCAGCAGCCCUGCUCGCUCAAGGGCUCUCUGUCCUCUGACAACAUCUACGGCCCCACCACACACACACCACCCCGACAAGGCUGGACCGUUUACCACCAAACAUCUGAGCGAAUCACCUAUAAAUCUAGUAGCAAACCACGCACUAGAUUCCUCAGUGGACCCGUGUCUAUGUCCAUCUGGUCCACUCUGAAACGGCUAUGUCUAGGGAAAGAGCGCAGCAGUAGGUCUCAUAGUACUGGUGCGGCCCAUGUGACUUCAGCAUCCAAUCAGACCCUGCCUCCCGCAGCCAUGCCUGCUUCAUCCUCUCGGCCGAUCACGGCGCUCGUUCAGGCUCAAGCAAACAACAGCAACAACAAAAGCGGUACAUUCACUGAUGACCUACACAAGCUGGUUGAUGAUUGGGCAAAAGAAACUCUUGCCUCCGCCCCUCAGCUCCGCCCCUCUGUGUGUCAGAGUAGACUGCAGAGAUCUCAUCAGUCCUUCCAAACCAACCCCACUCCAAUGGCCAGAAUCCCCAAUCAGAUAAGGGGCUCAAUCCCUCAGGCAGCUGUGAAGUUCCAUCUACCACUGUCCUGUCCGCUGUCAGCAGCUCUAGGUCCCAUCAUGCCUCAUGGCAUCACCAGCACCCCAUCACCCAUCCUCCAGCGGGCCGGAUACUUGAUGCCCACCGCCCCCUUUGCUGGGAUGAUCCCAGCCCCUGUGUAUCCAAACCAGUGGUCCGGUUUGCCCAGUCCAGUGGGCAUGUUUGCUACGGCCGGUAUGGUCCCAUACCCGGCCAUGGCCAGCCCAGCACUGCAGACUUUUCCUCUGGUGGUGAAAAGCCCAGACGCCCCGAUGUGCCCCAGCAAAGCCAGGACUGCAUAAGAGUGCCGCCCUGCACUCCAAACACCACAACAGAUGCUGUUUUUUGCGUAAGGCUAAUCAAUGCACACUUGCAUAAGGAUAAUCAUGCAAGCUCAACACAGCUGAUUACAGACAUGGAGGCAUUUUCUCCUGGAUAAACAAAUGACCCACUAGUUUGCAGAGCAGUGGGAGUUUCUACAACACUCUAGAAUACGUUUUUAACUCUGCUUCAGGAUCAAACCACAAUCUCUGAAAUGUCUGUGUGCUUUAGAUCGCUGUUGGAUUAUGGACACAUCUGUGCAAAGCCUUUGAGCCUGUAAAUAUGAGGUGUGUGUGUUUAUGUGAAAUUGGGCAUGAGGAGUGUGUUUGUGUCAAAACAGUCCUGUGGGCACUGCUUUCGCUUUUUUCCCUUUUUUUUGAAGACCUUUUAGCUCUUAUGUUUGAAUCUGUAUUGAGGUGUGUUAGUAAAGGGUUUGGAGUGUACUGCAGGAUCAUGGCCUUCAAUUCUACUGCCAUAGAUUAUAAUUUUAAAAUAAUUUCCCCAUAAUUCAACGUAAGUGACUAACCUAUGGCAGCAUGAGCAGGCAGCUCUUAGAGCUAUAGACAUAUUUCACAAAACACGAGCAGAAUAAAUUGUCAUUCUUACAACGAUGUAAGAAUUGAAAUUCAUGCUGCUUGUGUUUUAUAAGAAGCCAAAUGCUCAAAGUUGUCGUGAUUGAUUAUAGAAAUAUCAGUCCUACUUUUCAGUAAUACUGUUAAGAAUAUUUUUCAUAAAUUUACAGCACUUUUGAGUGGCUUUCAUUGGCUGUUUACAGACAUAUCCAGCAUUUUUAAAACUAUUUCAGACCACAGGACAAAAUCCCUACAUGAAAAUGAAUAAUUCAGGACGAUGUAGUGCCUUGAUCAGUCAUCAGUUUUCCCUCUAAAGGUAUGAAUCACUUCUGAGGAAAAGCCAUUCCUCUGUGGUUUAGCAUGAUUUUCCUUCUGUUCCUAAUGCAAUAGUUUUUUCAUAACCCUUUUUUUUUUUUCAGUCAUGUGGUGGUUUACAUAAAGUAAUUACUCUCCCCUUUGUUGAAGCGAGUUUGCAAUCAAUACAUUUAACAUAAUUUUAAGUUUAAAUAGGAGCUAGUCUGUGCAGAUUGAUAAAUGAGUGCAGUUCCAGCCGUUGAUGCUUGGGUUUCUGAUUGUUGUACUGCAUUCAUAAGCAAUACUGCACUAGCAUACUACAACUGUACUAAGCACAGAGGAAGUGAACAAAUUGUUUACAUUGCGAUUAAUGCAUGCCAUCAAAGCGUCGCAGAUACCAAAAUACAAAACUAAGAAUUGUUAUCUAAAUAUAUCUAGGAACAUUUUAUGUGCUUGUGAUCUUGCAGAAACCCAAAGUGUGCCACCUUCCCUCUUUAGAGUGUAACACAGGGACUGAAUGCAGGUUUGACUUUGGAAUCAGUGUUGUGUGAACCCCGAAUGUAGUGUGUCAAAUGCUGGAGCAGUGUGUUGACAUUACAUGCAUGCGAAUCAACCCCUCGUUGCGUGCACCAUAACCCCCACCUACAAUGUGAAAGCUAGCCAGACUUGGCACAGAGCAGAUCUACUUUACAUUCAUACACACAAGUUCAGUUACUAUAUUAUCAAAUCUAUGAUUUUUAUUUUGCUUUGAAUAGUGGCUGAAGUUUUUUUUGUUUUCUCCAUCGGCUCUGUUAUGAGCUCUUGCACAGUGUCGGUGAUGUUGAGAUAAUAUUUUAAUUUCUUUUAGGAGGGCAGUGCAAUUGUUGUUUCAUAAAAGUGAUCCAAUAUGGGAGAAAAUGCAAGCAAUUUAAUAUUAGGUCACACAGAUACACAUGUACAAAAUGUAUCUGUUUCCAAAACCCACAUCCCAGUGUAUACAGUUUUAUUUGUUAUGUUUGUAAGAUUUCAUCUUAUUUUGUUGUGUAAUUUACAUUUCUGAUAGAGCCAGCAGGCUGUUUUCUUCCUGAGUUCUUCCAUAUUCUUCAUCAGACUUUGAGUUUUUUUAAACCUCAUUUUCAACAGUAUCUUUGUAAAAGGCUGCGACCCACACAACUGCCAAACUGUGAAUUGUACAGUCCUCUUGUAUUUAUUUUAUCAGUGCUUUUAAUGCAUCUUCUGUCCUUUAAUGUGUCAUUCCAUCCAUUCAUUUGUACAGGACGUUCAAUCAGUCAGAAUGAUCUGCUUCAUGAAAAAUGCUUCCGGUAGGAAGGGGUUUCUGAUAUUCUGUUCUUGCUGUUUAAUGCUAAAAUCUCUGGCAAUAAUUACUUUACGUUGCCAUGUUAGUGACUUACUGAUCUGAUGUGGCAUUUAAUAGGUUAUGGACUUUUAAUUUUUUUUCUGCAUUGGCGCUCUGUGAAUGGUUGCUUAUGAUGCACACCCUUCAAUGAAUUACUUUACUCCGCUCAGAUACAAAAUGCACUCACAACACAAAGACUGUGUACAAGUUUAAUUAAAGAAUAAAUAAAUAUUUUGUGCUUAAUAA